CAUGUAUGACCUCAUGGCUGAUGCUCCUGCUGCUUGCCCUUGUGCUCAUGCUUGCGUUGGUUUGUGACAAUCCUGCUAAUGCCAACUGAAUCUUCCAUGUAAUCAGUACUUUAAUCCCUUGUCCUUACCGAGUACGAUAUUCCCCACCUAGCAUUGACCGCUGUCCUCCUCUUCCCUGUGAACAUCAUCGACGCACCCUAGGGCGACAUCAUGCAGAAGCUUAAGAAGGUCCUUUCCCAUGAUCAAGGGAAGUCUGCAGAUACGGCACAGGAGCCCACCUCAUCCCGUCUUGAUAGAUCUGGUCCAACUGGAGAGGGCAGUCAUUUCGCAGGUGUCAAAUCGACCCAGUCUAGUAACGAAGCUCAGGUUGAACCAAACGAAUAUCAUCCCAUUUAUGAUCAAUUCACCGGUAGUAGCCCAGGACAAUCUACGACUGAGAACACACAACAACCCUUGAACAGCUCAGAGCAGAAGCGAUCUGAACCAGUCAUGGCGAAAUCAAAGGAUAUCCCUACUUCAUCAACCUUAAGCCCGGCCACUACAACCUCUACGCAACGUGGAACUUUGACCGAGGGUGCCAGCACCGCGAGCAUCAAAUCUGGUGUGAUGGGAUUUCCACAGGACCGUGGAGGCCAUGCUGCCUUAAGCCCCCGUAGCGAUACUAGAUCUAUCGAAACCCCUACGCAGGGCUCGGUUGCCACCAACACAACAAACUCUGGAGAGCCUAAAACGAGUUCGAACCUCGGCCAGGAUAUCGCCAUUGGCGCAGGUACUGCUGGUGUAGCUCAUCAACUCCAUCGUCAGCCCGAUCAUGAGAAUCUCCGAGACAGCUCGGAACAAGCUCGAGAGCGGGUCACUCCAGUAGGCAACGAGAGAACUGAAAAGAAGGAUUUCGCUCAAUCUUCUCAACCUUCAACCGGCGUUUCAGAACAGCCUUUUGAACGCUCGUUCCGACAAGAACCAGUAACUGACUCUGGCCGUUCAUUUCCCCUUGCCGGAGGGGUUGUUUCCAGCAAAAGGGUUGAUGACCCUACCCCCGUCCAUAACACUGCUGCUUCCCAGCCCCACAACGCAUCUACCAACGAAAGAGAACCUGGAACCAAAGAGAAAGCAGCCGACGUGCAGGAUGGUCACGGCCGUGAAAAGCUAGCAGGAGCAGCAGCAUUGGCAGCUAGCGCUGGCGCUGGCACUUAUGCUUACCGUAAUCGAACUGGCAAAGAUGAUCGUGAGAUUGAGCAGGAGCGUACCAACCAGGGUCAUGGAGCCCUUUCUGGAGUUACAGGGUCAUCUUCAACAUCUAAUGAACGCACUGUGCAACCCUCUGAGCACCAUUCCGACGCUGUUGCUGCUGCCGCCGCCGCAUAUAAAGGCAGCACUUCAUCGACAGUUAAGUCUGAACACGAUCACCUCGGUCACGGGCAUAACUUUACUGGCGAUCCCUGCAUCAGCGAGAAGCAGCCUCACCCAAAGUCGUUCACUGAUGGCCCCCAUUUCACAGACACCGCAAACAGGUUAGAUCCCCAGUUGGAUCCUCAUCUUCAUAUUCCUGGAGAGUUUCCAGAGACGCCUUUGGAGACACCCUCCGACCAGAAGACAGGAGCUGGAGGAUACAUUCCUGGGCCCGCUGGUAGGCACACCGAGUCACAUUCGAUCGAACCUUCUGUCGGUAUCGCCGCAGGCAGCGGUCUCCCCUCUACGCAGCAUCAAGAAACACCGGUUGCGGAACCUGUUACUCCAGAAAAGAACCAGCAUCAUUAUGGACGUGACGCUGCAGUUGCCGGUGGCCUCGGAGCUGCAGGCUUGGGUACAUAUGCUGCUACCAAACAUCACGACACCGUGCCAAAGGGUGGAAACACACAGGAGGCACUUGCUGAAGCAAGCCCCUAUAGCUCGACAAAGAUUGAUCCCCGUGUCAACCCACAUGCGCCAAAAUUCGAGGAACAGCGAUUUGACCCUACUGCUCGAAAGGAGCCAUCUCCACACAGCGUGACUGCCCACACCGCCGCACCAAAGACGGAGACUUCUGCCCGUGAGCAACCUCAAGUCGAACAGUCAGAGAGCCAUCACGGUCUUAAUGAAGCCCUGGUCGGAGCUGGCGCUGGCGCUGCUACUGCGGGUGGACUUUUAUACGCCAGCCAACGUGAUGCCGACAAGCCAGAGACUGGCCCAGCAUCCUCCACUAUUGGCCCUCACAAGAGCAACGUCGCCAAUGUCCUCGACCCAAGGGUUCAGCCCGAUCCUGCUCUCCAGAAGCAUCACCAGUCUGGAUCCACGACCGAAGACCCAGCUUCCCACACCAUUGGUCCCCACAAGAGCAAUGUCGCCAACGUCUUGGAUCCCCGUGUACAACCCGAUCCCGCUAAGCAAAAAGCGACUGAGCCCACCGCCCAGCCUGCCACCGAGCAGCACCAUUAUGGUCGCGAUGCAGCUUUGGCGGGAGGAGCCGGAGCAGCAGGCUAUGGCGCAUACGAAGCAGCCAAGAGCUAUGGAGAUCACCGUGGCACACAGGCUCCCGCGGCCAUGAACGACCAACGCUACGACCCAACUGUGCCAGGAGCCCACGAUCCCACGGCUCCAAGCUCCUACAACCCUAAUGACCCCAACCAGUCCAAAGAACACCACUACGGCAGAGAUGCUGCCAUAGCUGGAGGACUCGGUGCCGCCGGAGCAGGCGCAUAUGCUGCAACAAGACACCAUGAUCAGGCUCCCCAGUCCCAGACAUACCAACAAGGGUCCAUCGCUCAGACUCAACAGCCUCCUGUCUCCCAUGGCCAACAGCCUCCUCUGUCCCAAACAACCCAGCAACCUCCUCUGUCUCAAUCCCAGCAACCAGAAGCCGGACACCAGCGCUACGACUCCGUUCAAGACCCCUACAAGCAGCAAGACCACGACAAGCGCAAUGCCGCUCUCGGUACCGCCGGCGUAGCAGCAGCAGCCGGAGCAGGCGCCUACGCCUACUCCCAGCACGACGCCGAGAAGGCCGAAAAGGAGCGUCUUGCAGCGCAGCGCAAGGCCGAGGAAAAGGAACUCGCCCACCAGCGCAAGGCCGAAGAAAAAGAACUCGCUCACCAGCACAAGCAAGACCAGAAGGAGCUCGCACAUAGACAAAAGGAGCAGGACAAGGCGUUCGAAAAGCAGCAGCGCGAGCUGGAGAAGCAGCAAACAAAGGACCAGAAAAAGCACGACAAGUUCGUCGCCGCGGAAGCCAAAUCCCACCAAAAGGAGACAGAAAAGGAGCGCGAGCGACAACAACAGCUCGAGCAGCAACAACAACGCCCCGAAGACGAAGACGAACACAAGGAGAAAAAGCACCACCUCUUCGGCUUCCUCCACCGCGACAAGACCCGCAAGGAACGAAAGGGAACCAGCAGCGCGAGCUCCAGCCCCCGCAGCUCGCGGGACCUCACCACCGGCGCAGGCGCAGCAGGCGCAUCCGGUCUCGCAGCCCACGAAUACGCCCAGGACUCCGACACCAGCGAGGGCCGCAAGCACCGCAACAAGUUGCACAAAGACCCGCCCAAGGGCCAUCCCGCCAGAGAGGCGCUGGAGCACCCUGAACAGUUCACUUCCUCUGCACAGCAAGAAAAAGGCCUCGUAACAGAGCCCAACACCGGACUCCCCAUGAACGUCGAGAAGUACGGCACCGACGGCGCGGGCGGCGUCGACGGAAGCAGGACUGUCGAGGGGUAUAACUCCCCGCUGCGGUCUCAUGGCCAGACGAACUAGGUUGUUACCCUCACAAAACGUCUCUUUCACCUUUAGUCACUUUUCUUUUCUACUUGUGUAGUAAUGGAUGGAGUGGGGAUGGGGUAGAAUGAAAGAACGAUGGCGGUGGGUGUGGGGUACGGAUUUAUGAUGGGUGGAUUUUGUGACGAAUCUUCUUUUGUUGGUUUUUCGGGUUUUAUGGAAAUUGCGUUUGAGCUUGGGUCAUGAAGGUAUAGUAUGACACCGUACGGUGUGAUGUGCUAGGGUGUAGGAAACGAGUAUGACUACCUAUGUAUGUAAUGUUUUAUGAAAUAAGUAAUAUGAUAAUGGACUGUUAGUAUGAAAU